GUCAUAUUCAAACGAUUUGUUUUUGCGAUCGGUUUCAAAAUUCAUUUGUUCUGCUUUUAAUGAUCCAAAAAUAGUGCCGCCUACCCAGGUACUGUUGGACGCUCACUUGUUUAGCUUACUUAUCACAACAGCUGUUUGGCGCUAUGCGCUCUGUUUACGAACGAAUAGCGCCAACUAUUGGCGCUCAUCAACGAUCGACCCAACGAUCAAACGCUACGCGCAACGGCCUCAGCCAGCUUGUUUGGUUUGAGUUGCUUCAGUUGCAUUGCGACAACGGCGCUGUACGCGACGUUUGACUUAUAUGAGCGGGGUCUUGUUUUGACUUUUUUUACACACGCAUAAAUGGUUUGUUGAGCGGUGGUUUGAAAAAUUCUCACGGCAGCCGGUACGUGACGCGAGUCACUAGAAAAAGUUAUUAUAAAAAAAAUUCUAAACUCGUGUUUCAUGCAUUUUACCGCCUUAUCAGUUGUAUGUGUGGGUGUAUAUGCAGACGGCUAAGUGAUAAAUAAAUAUUAAACUGUCAAGUGGUUGAUGUUAAGACGAGUUGUGGGUGGUUGCGUGGAUCUUGUGGUUGUGACGCCAGCGUCCGUGCGAGUGAAUGGCUGUAAUGCGCCGGCGCAGCCAGACAAGUGAAUGUCCCCGUUCUUAUUACAAGAAGUAAAUGCACGCAAAAGUGCAGUGAAGUGACAAACUAAUAUACAAAGUAUGUAUAUUUGUACAUACACACACUUACAAAUGUGCAAGUAAAAAAAACAAAAUAUGAAAAAAGUCCACUGAGUGAUGCCUCAUUUAAGCAAAAGCAGCUGUCUGAGUUUCUGUCGAAAGGUGCAAAGUUAGUUAGGAUUCAAUAUACAAGUGCAUGCAUGCAUACAUAUGUAUGUAUAUAGUGCUCGUACAAUCAUAAGUAAAUUAGUGAGUGAAUGGUGUGCAAAAAGCGGGUGACCUAUAAUUAGCGUGAUAAAACUUAUAGAGUCUAUAUGCCAGCUCACAUAUGUAUAAAAAUUUAUAUUUACAUGUGUUUUUGUGAAGAGUGCUAUUAAAUUAAAUUGGAACGCGUCAAAUAAAUUGUGCAAUAUUAAUUAAGUCGGAGAAGGCGAGCAUUUGUCGACCAUUACAUAGAUACAUACCAACCAAGACACACUUAUUGGUAGGGAACGCAGUAAAAAAUGUCAUUAAAGAAGGAGACUCCAUCCGAUGUGCUGUUGCAUCUGGCAGCACUACGUGGCGAUGAAAUCAACCUGCGGCGCGUACUUGACAGCGGCAAAGUGCAUGUGGAUUGUAAAGAUGAAGAUGGCACCACACCUCUCAUACUUUCAGCAGCGGGCGGCCACACGCCAUGUGUGCUGGAAUUGCUUGAACAGGGCGCAGAUCCGAAUUCACGACGCGCUACUGGCACAACACCGUUAUUUUUCGCAGCACAGGGUGGUUACCUAGAUGUGGUGAAAAUAUUGAUAAAGGCCGGCGCUAGCGUGGAUACGCCAUCGGUGGAUGGCGGUACCCCGCUAUUUGUCGCUGCUCAAGGUGGUUAUGUGAAAUUGGUUCGUGAGUUGCUGGACUGUGGCGCCAAUGUGAACGCGUGUAUGAAGGAUCGCGCCACACCCGUUUUUAUAGCUGCACAAAACGGUCAUCGCACAGUGUUAUCACUGCUCAUCACGGCGGGCGCCAACCCCGAUAUGAAGCGCAUAGAUGGUGCCACACCACUUUGGAUCGCCGCACAAAUGGGACACGAUCACAUAUGUAAAGUGUUGUUGCAAAAUGGCGCUUUUGUGGAUGCCGUGCGCUGUGAUGGUGCGACGCCACUCUUCAAGGCGGCGCAUAAGGGACACGCGGCGGUUGUGACUGAACUCUUGAAACACAGACCUAACUUGGGCCUACUACCGAACGGCGAAACAGCAUUGCAUGCGGCAGCUAUGUUCGGCCAUUUAACGGUUUGCAAGCAACUGAUCGCUGCGGGCAGCGAUAUACUGCAGAAAAACCAGGAGGGUCUCACCGCCUUGCAGGUGGCGCGACAGCAGAAAUAUUCGUCGAUCUAUGAUUAUCUGCAGGAUCGUUUGCGCUUGGUGCGCGCGCGUGCUGCUACAGCUACAUAAAUACCGUUAUUGUGUGUGGUUAAGACAAGUGGCAGCUUUAAGUUGUUAAAGUUGGGUGAAAAUGGUAUUUGGGGUAAAGCCGCUUACCAUAUAUAAGCAUAUUUAGUUAGUUUCGCUAUACAAUUGUGGACACGAGCGUCUGUAGGCGUGCGGAGAAGUAUUUGAAAAACUAAACUCGAAAAUAGAAUUGAAUAGCCAAAGCAAGGGUGGGUUGUUUUUACGUCCAAAACGCUGAGUUGAAAAAUUAUGUCCAAGAAAUUGUUGAAUACUGUGCGGUGAGAUGGCUCUCAAAAAAAAAAAAA